GGCAAAUCGCGGGCGCAAUGUUUAUGUCUUUACUCACACAGGGAAAGAGACUUCGUUUUUUUAUACAUUUGGUCUCUAUUUUUCUCGUUGACAGAGGUUAAUGAGGAUUGACAUUUUUUUUAAUUCCCCCUGUCGUGUAUUGUCUUUGAAGAUGAGCAAAAUUUUCGCCAUUUCCGACUUGCAUGUCGAUAUCCCAGCAAACAAACGCUGGGUCGAGUGUCUCUCGUCAUCUCAAUUCAGACAUGACGUUAUCAUAGUAGCUGGUGACGUCACGGAUAAUAUGGAGUUAUUGAAGCAAGUUUUGGGAAAUCUGAAAAUGAAAUUUCGAGAAGUUUGCUAUGUACCAGGUAACCAUGAGUUAUGGCUACGGACAAAGCAAGGAUUUGUCCCAAAAUACAAGAAUUCAAUUGAUAAGUUUCAUGACAUUCUGAAGCUUUGCAGCAGUAUCGGAGUCCACACUAAACCAUUGAAAGUCAGCAACACACACAGCAACCAUGUAUGGAUUGUACCUCUGUUUUCUUGGUACACACAACCAGAAGAACAUCCAAGUGACUCACUUUAUGUUGCUAGAGAAAAUGAAGACAUAGAAUUUUCCAAAAAGGCUUGGAUGGACAACCACUUCUGUGUAUGGCCGGAUCCUCUUGAUGUUACCCCAUCACAAUUCUUCAAAAACUUGAACAAGGUUAACAUCUCAACUAUAUAUGACUCACCUGUAAUAUCAUUUAGCCACUUUGUCCCUCGCUUUGAUCUUAUUCCUGCCUCUGACAGAGACUUGGAAAGGGUUCGAAAUGAGAGGAGGGUACUUGGAUUAGGUGAUCUUGAGAACCCCACUGCACAAGGUUCUAACAUAAAAUUAAAUUUUACCCGCUACGCAGGGUGUGUCAGUAUUGAGGCCCAGAUUAGGCAAUUGGGAUCAGUGAUGCAUGUGUUUGGCCACCAGCACCGUAACAGAGAUUGCAUGUUUGACAGUGUCCGUUAUGUCUCACACUGUCUUGGUUAUCCAGCCGAACGUGAUAAGGGGUUGAUGUGGGGGUUGGCUGAGGAUCAGGGGCCAAAACAGAUUUGGCCUUGAGGUAGUAUAACCAGCAAAAUCUAACCAUCUUAUUUUAUAUCUGAUGGGUUCAUAAUUAAAUUUCCAAAUUUCCCAAAAACAAAUAAGCUCUAUGAAAAAGAACAAGCAGACCUUACCUAAAAGGGGGGUAUGAAUAGGUUCGCAGCUACACUUGCAGGUUAUUUAAAAUUGUAAUAUUGGGGGCAUGCCCCCCCCCCCCGCUACAGUCCUUUAGAGCACUAAAUUGUCUAAAAUGGUACCAAACAAACCUUACUUAGAAAUGAUAUAGGGAUUUAUAAGGUGCUAGAAUUGUUUUUAAGAACAAAUACUAUAAAAAAAUAACACAACCUUUGCUGAAAA